CCGGCGCGGGCCUGGCUCGCGGGUUCCCGCGCGCGCCGAGUUCCUCUGCAGAGAACGAUGGCUGAUGAGGGGAAAAGCUGUGUUCCCACGGAAGUGUGUGAUGUAUUGGAAUCGGUUUCUUUUCUGAGUGUAGAGGGUAAAGCUUCAACCUUGGAGUCAACAGUAUUGCCUAAUACAGAGGAACAGCAGGUGUAUGAACCUUUGAAAGUCUUCUUGAGAGUGAGGCCCUUUUCUAUAGCAGAGCUUGAAAGCCAUGAAUCCCAGGGUUGUGUAACUAUUGAAGAUGCACAAACAGUAAUUCUUAAUGCACCCAAAGAGUCUUCUGCAAUGAAAAACAGUGAAAGAGGGAUUGGUCAUGCUGUGCACAGCUUCACCUUUUCUCAGGUCUUUGGACCAGAAACUACUCAGAGUGAAUUUUUUGAAGGCUCAAUGAAAGAUAUCAUAAGAGCAUAUAUUAAUGGAGUGAAUGGACUGGUAUUUACUUAUGGAGUUACAAAUGCAGGCAAGACAUUCACUAUCCAAGGGACUUCAAAAGAUCUUGGUAUUUUACCUCGCUCACUUGAUGUGAUUUUUAACCACCUAAGAGGAAGACAUUACCUGAAGAUGAACUUCAAACCAUAUUUGAGCAAUGAUGUUAAGAAACUAGAGGAUGAACAAGUUAAGCAAGAAGAAGCCUUAAAAACUGCUAUUCUUGCAUCACUCAAAGAGGAGACAGAGAGUAUCUCAAAUACUAUAACAAAUUUCUGUGAUGUGAAGUUGGAUUCUUCUAACUGUACUUCAGACAAUCACCCUUCUAACUCCCUAGCAGAGAAGAACUUUGUACCACUUGAUGUUCAUAAGACUAAUAUGCAGCAAAGAACACAAGCAUCUGUGUGGAUUUCCUUUUGUGAAAUCUACAAUGAAUAUGUGUACGACUUAUUGAGUAUUUUAUCUACAUCAAAACCUCAAAGGCGCCGAGUUUUAAGAAUUUGUGAAGAUCAAGGAGGAAAUUGUUACAUUAAAGAUUUAAAGUGGAUUAAUGUUCAGAGCACUGAAGAAGGCUGCAGACUACUGAAAAUAGGAAACAAGAACCGCAGCUUUGCCUGUACUAGAAUGAAUGAGCAAUCAAGUAGGAGUCACAGUAUAUUUUCCAUCAGGCUACUCAAGCUAACUGAUGAGCAUCAGCCACGUGUUCUUGGAGUAUCAGAGUUGUCCUUCUGUGACUUGGCUGGUUCAGAGAGGUGUAAUAAAACACAUGUAUUUGGAGACAGACUGAAAGAAGCAGGAAAUAUUAAUAAUUCUCUUCACAUCCUUGGGAAGUGCAUUGCAGCACUGAAGCAAAAUCAAAACCCAAAGAUGAAGCCAAGCUAUAUUCCAUUCAGAGAGAGUAAGCUGACUCGUCUGUUUCAGCCAUUUUUCUGUGGGAAAGGCAAAGCUUGUAUGAUUGUAAACAUCAAUCAGCAUACUUCCACAUAUGAUGAAACACUGCAUGUAAUGAAAUUUUCAGCUCUAGCCAGACAGGUUAUCCAGACAAUCCUGCCCAAAAAUUUUGGUUAUUUUCCACCAAAGCUAGUUGGAGGUGAUGGCAAACCUAUGAUGCACUUUGAUGCUAACACAUCUGUAGAUGACUUUGCUGACAGUACUGAAACCUCUGCAGAAGAGGAAGUGGACAUCACCAUUCUGAGUCAUGAGGACCUCUUGAAAGCUGCAGAGGACUUAAAGGAGAAGGUAGCUGCAGAAAGGCGGAGUAAGCUCCUUCUGGAGGUGAAGAUCCGUAAAGAGAUGGCAGAAGCAAUGUUUCAACAGCUGCUGGAAACAGAGGAAGCCUGGAGCAACCGCCUGGAAGACAUGAAAGACAGCUAUGAAGAAAAACUAGAGAGCAAAUUUGAAAUGUAUAAAGAGGCCAUUAAGAAACAUGCAUAUAUGUGUGCAAUGGAACAAAUUGAAGAGCAUUAUGUUCCCAUAGAGGAAUUUUUAGCUGAACAAGAGAAAGUUGAGGAUAGAGAGAGGAAAAUACUGCAACUGGAAAGGCAACUUGAUGAGCAGUCAGGGAGGCUGUUGGCUCUGGGAAGUCUGAGCUCGGAUAUUCCAGCUUCUGAAAAUAACGUGGAAGGAGGUCUUAUGGACAGCACAUUAAAGAGAGCCAAUGAAGGAUUGCAGAAACAAUGUGAAGAGAAGGAAGAGCUUAUAAAAUCUCUGAAGUUUAAAAUACAGAAACUAAACGAAACCCUGCUAGAAGCUAAUGAAGGAUACAGAAAAAUGGCAGAAGAAAACAGUCAACUGAAGCACACAAUCAUGCUCAAGGACCAAGAAAUGAAUAGUCUUCAGAACUGGGCUAAACGUGUUCUUGAGCUUGAAGAAACAGUGUCUUCCCUGCAAAAGGAGCUUGAAGAACAGAAAAAGAAUUUCUUUGCAGAGGAGUCAAAACAGCAGAAACCCAGGAGAGGUUUGCUGGCUAACCUGAAAUCCACAGUAGCAUCCACUGCUAGUACACCUCUUGGUAAAGGCUGGGGGAAGUAUGAAGAGACUUUACCCUAUUCAAGAAAAUAA